AUGUCGUCCCUCAACUCGCUCUUCAAUCGCUCCUCCCCCUUCGGCACCAAAUGCAAAACAUGCUUGAAUUUGAUCAUUUCGAGGAUCAAGCUGCUGCGCAAUAGGAGGGAGAUGCAACUGAUAAAUAUGCGCAAAGAGAUGGUUCAAUAUCUUCAGACAGGCCAGGAGUCUAUUGCGAGGAUUCGGGUGGAGCAUAUUAUUCGGGAGCAAAAUAUAUUGGCUGCCUAUGAGAUUGUUGAGCUUUUCUGUGAAUUUGUUCUGGCACGAGUCCCUAUUGUUGAGGCCCAAAAGGAAUGCCCCAUAGAAUUGAGAGAAGCAAUAGCUAGUAUAAUCUUUGCAUCAGGAAGAUGCUCAGACUUGCCUGAGCUAAUGCAUCUCCGUAAUUUGUUUACCACCAAGUAUGGGAAGGAGUUUGUUGCUGCUGCUAUGGAAUUGCGCCCUGAUUGCGGUGUUAAUCGCACAAUAAUUGAGAAGCUUUCAGUUAAGGCUCCAUCAGCGGAAUCAAAGUUGAAGGUUUUGAAAGCUAUUGCUCACGAGUACAACCUUGAUUGGGAUUCAUCUAAUACCGAAGCAGAAUUUAACAAGAAGUAUGAAGAUCUGCUGGACGAUUCAGGAUCAUCAGUCCGCCAAGUCCAAACACCUACAACUGAGAGCUCUCCAGCCUCUUCCAUUUCCAAAGAUAAGCCAUUGAUUCUACCUGUCAACGACACAAGCAAAAACAAAACUCCCGAGUCCCCAAAGUCACCUGCUGUGAGUUCAAGAGCAUAUGCUGCCACCAAGGGUAAUGUGGACAGUCAAGAGCAUCAGCCCCCUGCUGCGGAGAGAUCAUCCUAUGCUGGUCCAGGCUCGUCGGACGUGCUAGAAAAGGCCCGAGCUGCCAUUGCUGCAGCCACCCGUGCCUCUGCCGCCGCCCGUGCAGCAGCAGAGCUUGUUAACAAGGUUAAAGUUACAACUCAAUGA